AGGUGUUUGUUUUAUAUGAGUGAAAAAAUAGAGAGAUGGGUGAAGAAAUCAAAGAAAAGUUGCUGAAACUUGUCAAUGACCCUGUUCCAACAUCAGGGAGCAAGGUCACCAUUGUUGGGGUUGGACAAGUGGGAAUGGCUUGUGCAUUUUCCAUCUUGACACAGCAUGUGGCUUCAGAAAUUGCCCUGGUUGAUGUGGCACAAGACAAACUGACAGGAGAGAUGAUGGAUCUGCAACAUGGCCUUACUUUCUUGUCCAAUGUCAGAGUACAAGCAUCCACUGAUUAUUCAAUAACAGCUGGAUCCAAAAUCUGUAUCCUCACAGCUGGUGCCAGACAAAUUGAGGGAGAGUCAAGACUGGAUUUGGUGCAAAGGAAUGUCAACAUUUUCAAGUGCAUAAUCCCAAAAUUGAUUGAGUAUUCCCCAGACACCAUCCUGAUAGUAGUUUCUAACCCAGUUGAUGUACUUACUUAUGCUGCCUGGAAACUUAGUGGACUGCCAAAAUACAAGGUCAUAGGAUCUGGAACAAAUUUGGACUCAUCAAGGUUCAGGUUCCUAAUGAGUGAAAAAUUAAACAUUGCUCCCAGUUCAUGUCAUGGUUGGAUCAUAGGAGAACAUGGUGACUCCAGUGUGCCUGUUUGGUCUGGUGUGAAUGUGGCUGGAGUACGCUUGGCAGAUCUCAACUCAGACAUUGGCAUGGAAAAUGAUCCUGAAGAUUGGAUAAGGAUUCACAAGGAAGUUGUGGAAAGUGCUUACAACAUCAUCAAACUGAAAGGAUACACCUCAUGGGCAAUUGGAAUCAGUGUAUCAGUGCUCUGCAAUGCAAUUUUGAAAAACCAACAUUGUGUUUAUGCAGUGUCUACUUAUGUUAAGGGUUAUCAUGGCAUUGAACAGGAUGUUUUCCUGUCUUUACCCUGUGUCCUGGGAGAGAAUGGAGUAAAUUCUGUAGUUCUUCAAAAUUUGAGCAAGCAGGAAAGAAUCCAGCUGCAAAGAUCUGCUAGCACUCUUGGCUCUGUUCAAGAAGGAGUUGCCUGGUGAUGCAAGAAACAUUCUCAAGUAUUCUCCAGUGCCAGACACUACUUGAAAUUUUGAAUGUUGUGAAAAGCAAAAAUGUGCUGCUGAAGAGCUUCAUCUAAAACAGUUAUCCGACUUAUGUUCCUUCCCCAAACAUUCAUUUUGCUUCCUAGUUGUACUCAUAAAAUUCAAACAGCUCUCACUGACAUUUUGAAAGCAGUAUUUGAAGGCUGAAAAGAAGAACUCACAUGAACCAGGCAAUACAGUGAGACCCCCAGAUGCGGACAUUGUCCCCAGAUUGUUUGCAAGUUGAAUCUUGUUUUCCCGUAGACUCACAUUGUAUAAUUUUUAAUUGGUGUUUUAUGGAAGAAAUAUUCUUCAGAAUUUCAUGAAAAAAAAUUUUGCCACUUGAAUUUGAUUCAAUGAAUAUCUUUUCAAACCAAUAAGAACAUUUGGAACAUUGAAUAGUGCACCUCUGUACAGUAAAUUGAAAAGUUGGCAUCUGGAAAAAUAACAUCCAUGUCACAAAGAGAGCUAGAAGGAAGUCCCUCUGUGCUAUAGGGCAUUUUUUUAAAUUAGCUGAAUGGAUGGGAAAAUGAUGGGAAAAGUACCAAAGAAUUUUUCUUGCAUAGAUCUUUGGUUGGAAACAUCUGUUUCUUGCAAUUAAGCCUUAUAAAAAUUGAUUUUCCUAAAAUUUAUUUUGGAAUUUUAUCCUGCAAUGUCCCCAGGUUGUGUCAGUGUCCUCAUGUUGGGUCUUUUAUAUGAUUUUUUGUUAAAAAAUAAAUGUCCCCAUGUCAAAUUGUCCCCAUGCUGAGGCGUCCCCAUGUUGAGGCGUCCGCAUGUUGGGGUGUCACUGUAUAUCCUAUACACAGUGCAACAGAUGCUUU